CUAGCUUUACCCAUAAGGUUGGCAAACAUGUCCUCCAUCUUCAAGCGCCGCCGCGAUCCGCUAUCGCUACUCUACCUGGUCAUCCUAGGAUCCCAGCUCUCCUCCUCUGUUGCUGUUAGGUACAGCAACCACACGUCCGUCGGCGGCGUGAAGCCGGUUCAUUGCUUGCCGGACCAGGCCUCCGCACUCCUCCGGCUGAGGCGCUCCUUCACCGUCACAAACGAGUCCACGUGCACCCUCGGCUCAUGGCGGGCCGGCACGAACUGCUGCCGCUGGGAGGGCGUGCGCUGCCACGACGCCAACGGCCUUGUGACUUCCCUUGACCUGAGUGGGUGCCACUUGGAGAGCCCUGCUCUUGAUCCUGCUGUCUUUAGCCUCACCUCCAUUCGGCACCUCAAUCUCGCCUGGAACUACUUCAACGGAUCGCAGCUCCCAGCCUCUGGGUUCGAGCGCCUCGCCGAGCUCACGCAUCUCAAUCUCUCCAGCUCCAGCUUUGGUGGCCACAUACCGGUUGGAAUAGGAGGCCUCACUAAUUUGGUAUCUCUUGACCUCUCAACCUCGUUUUAUGUUGUGGAAGACCUCGAUGGUUAUUCAGAGCUUGACACAUAUUCAGAUAAUUCUUUGUGUCUCGUAGAGCCAAACAUAACCUCGUUGGUCGCAAACCUUGCCAAUUUGAGGGAGCUCAAUCUCGACUGGGCGGACUUGUCUAGGAAUGGUCCGGAGUGGUGCACUGCCUUUUCUAAUUCCACUACUCCUCACCUCCAGGUUCUAAGCCUACGUCAUUCCGUACUUACUAGUCCAAUUUGUGGAUCACUUUCCAGCAUACCCUCACUCACUGUGAUUGACCUACAGUAUAAUCACUUGUAUGGUCCAAUCCCAGAUUCCCUUGCUGAUUUACCAUCUCUAAGUGUUCUUCGACUUACCUUGAAUAAUCUGGAAGGACAGUUCCCGGUGAGAAUCUUCAGUAACCAGAAUUUGACAGCUCUUGAUAUCAGGCACAAUGUCGGCAUCUCUGGUUCUUUGCCAGAUUUCUCGCCAGAUAGUAAAUUGUUAAUACUGUUGGUUAGCCAUACCAACUUCUCUGGUCCUAUUCCGAGCUCCCUAGGAAAUCUGAAAUCCUUAAACAUGUUGGGAGUUGCAGCAACUGAUUUUACCCAAGAGCUUCCCUCUUCAAUCAGUAAGCUCACAUCCUUAAAUUUCUUAGAGGCAACCGGAGCUGGUAUAGUAGGAUCAAUGCCAUCUUGGAUCACAAGAUUAUCUUCUUUGGUCCGUCUCGAGUUCUCGAGCUGCAGAUUAUCGGGACACAUACCUUCUUCAAUAAGUAACCUCAUGAACCUACACUGGUUAGCCUUAUAUAGUUGCAACUUUUCUGGUCCAAUACCCCCACAACUAUAUAAAUUAACUCAACUGAGAAGGCUAUAUCUUCACUCGAACAAAUUCACUGGUACAGUGAAACUCAGUUCAUUCUACGAAAUACCACGUCUAAUGUGCUUGAGUCUCUCAAACAAUAGACUUUCCGUGAUAGACCGGGAAUUUAACUCUUCAGGGCUAAUGCUUUCUUUGCGUCUAGCCUCUUGUAACAUAACCAGCAUCCCUGAUUCCUUGAGGAAUAUAUAUGUUCGUUAUCUUGACCUCUCAGAUAAUCAGAUCCAUGGAGCUAUACCUACUUGGGCUUGGAAAAUCUGGGACAACAUGAUAGCCCUUAACUUAUCACACAAUCAAUUCAACACUAUAGGGUACAACUCUCGUUUUCUAGGUAGUAUAGAAUCACUUGAUAUCAGUUCUAACCUAAUGGAAGGGCCCAUACCUAUUCCUACUCCCGGCAUUGAGAUGUUUGAUUGCUCAAACAACCUGUUCUCAUCCAUCCCAAAUAAUUUUGGUUCUCGAGUGAUAAGUAUUUCCUAUCUCAGCGCCGCCCGUAACAACCUUUCUGGAGAAAUUCCACCUUCAAUUUGUGAUGCAAGGGGCCUACAGUUCCUUGAUCUCUCUUACAACAACCUGAGUGGCCUGAUUCCACCUUGUUUAAUGGAGGAUACAUAUUCCCUUGGUGUAUUAAACUUGAAUGCAAAUCAACUUCAAGGGGAAUUACCGCAUAAUUUCAGGCAAGAUUGUGCACUGGAGGAAAUCAAUUUAAGCAACAACUGGAUAGAAGGACAACUACCACGAUCUCUAGCUUAUUGCAGAGGCUUGCAGGUUCUGGAUAUUGGAAAUAAUCAUAUCAAUGAUACUUUUCCAUGUUGGAUGAGUAUGCUUCCUCAACUUCAAGUCCUCGUACUGAAGUCUAACCGGUUUUUUGGACAUGUCGGGCCUUCUGCAGUACGAAAUAACGAAAACCAUUGUGAGUUCACGAAUCUAAGGAUUUUAUCUUUGGCUUCAAAUGAUUUCUAUGGAACAUUGCCAAACAACUGGUUUAAGAGUUUCAGUUCCAUGGUGGCUGAAUCUAACAUACGCACAUUGCUUAUGCAAAACGUCUUUGGUCAGUUUGAUCGAACUUAUCAGUUUACCACUGCAAUCACAUACAAAGGUUCUGCUGUCACAUUUUCUAAGAUUUUGAAGACCCUUGUAAUCAUCGAUGUCUCGGAUAAUGCAUUCCAUGGUACCAUUCCCGAAUCAAUUGGGGAGCUUGUUCUGCUUGGUGGGCUAAACAUGUCACAUAAUGCACUCACUGGGACGAUUACAUCUCAGCUCGGUGCCCUACAUCAGCUUGAGUCGCUCGACAUCUCUUCAAAUGGUCUGUCUGGAGAGAUUCCACAGGAAUUGGCAUGGUUGGAUUUCCUCUCGGUGUUGAACCUGUCCUACAACCAGUUGGUUGGCAGAAUACCAGGAACACCUCAUUUCCAGACAUUCUCAAAUCUCACAUUCAUGGGAAACAUUGGCCUGUGUGGACCUCCAUUGUCCAAGCAAUGUGGCAGCUCAGCUCCAAACACGACAUUACAUCAUUCGGACAAAGCACCCGCAGAUGUUGUACUGUUUCUCUUUACUGGGCUAGGAUUUGGUGUUGGAUUUGCAGUUACAAUUGUUGUGGCAUCGGGAAUCUGCACUAGGAAACCAUCUAAAGGUUGCAUUACUUCUCCGUACUGGAGUAAAGUAUUUUGUAUGUAGAUUACCUGCAACAUGAAAAGGGUAUGUACAGUAGUACGUAUAUGUAUUUGUUUCUUGUUGUCACUUGAUAUAGUCAACAAUGUAAUCGAUGUUGUAUUGUGAUCCAAAUUCAUUCUAAAGGGAGGCUAACUUCUGACGAGCGAAGCGAGGUCCGUCGCCGGUAAGUUUGGGCCGAAGCGUA